CAUUUGAUGAAUGUAUUGCAAAUCAUCAUUGUGUACUUUCUCCUGUUGCAGUGCCAUCGUUCUGGGGGCUUGUAAAUUCUGCAUGGAAUCUGUGUUCUGUGGGGAAGAGACAGUCUCCAGUCAUCAUUGAGACGAGCCAUAUGAUAUUUGAUCCCUUCUUGACACCACUGAGGCUCAACACUGGCGGACGAAAGGUUGGAGGGACGAUGUACAACACCGGCCGCCAUGUCUCACUCCGAUUGGACAAAGAGCACCUGGUGAACAUCUCCGGUGGACCGAUGACGUACAGCCAUCGUCUUGAGGAGAUCAGGUUACACUUUGGAAGUGAGGAUGGACAGGGCUCUGAGCAUCUCCUCAACGGCCAGGCCUUCUCUGGGGAGGUGCAGCUUAUACAUUACAACCAUGAACUGUACACAAACUACACAGAAGCUGCUAAGAGUCCAAAUGGCUUGGUGAUAGUGUCAAUAUUUAUGAAGAUAUCCGAGACUUCAAAUUCAUUUCUGAAUCGGAUGUUGAACAGAGACACCAUCACAAGAAUAACAUAUAAGAAUGAUGCAUACCUGCUCUCUGGGCUAAACAUUGAGGAGGUUUAUCCAGAGACGGCAAGUUUUAUCACUUACGAAGGGUCUAUGACAAUCCCACCGUGCUACGAGACCGCAACGUGGAUUCUGAUGAACAAGCCAAUUUACGUCACAAGGAUGCAGAUGCACUCCAUGCGACUGCUAAGUCAGAACCAGCCCUCGCAGAUAUUCCUCAGCAUGAGUGACAAUGUGCGCCCAGUACAGCCUCUGAACAACCGCUGUAUCCGCACCAACAUCAACUUCAGCAUGCAGGGCAAGGACUGCCCCAACAACAGGGCACAGAAGUUGCAAUACCGAGUGAACGAAUGGCUGCUGAAAUAGAGCCAGGAUGUGGACCAACCCAAGAACACUAACAUGAAAAAGAAUGAAGAGGAAGGCUCGUGGAUCAGUACAGAAUGAAGACUGACAUAUGUCCUGCCAGAUAAAAUCAUGACGUUGUAAAGAAAAAAACAAACCCCAGCAAGAAGAGACUUUGCACUCUUGGCAAAGUAAUCCAAUUUCAUACAUCCAAUCAAAACUAGUGACAUACAGUUAUAACUACACAAAUGUUUUGAUACCUUUUUUGGGGGGGAAAAAAAUACUACAAAAAUAUAACAUUUAUUCCAUAGGCUCUUCACAAAUGGAACUGAAUGUUUUUAGCCUUUGUACAUAAGGACAACUUGCUACCAAUCUGGGAAAAAGGGACAGGACAUUGAACCACCCUACCAGUACAGAAACAUCCUUGAAACAUAACUGCAUUCUCAAUCUUUAUUCUCGCUCGCGCUGUGGAGAGGAGGGAGAGGCAGCCUUGCAGGUUUAUUGUCAAGACAAAAACCAUCAUAAAGACGACUAUGAUGUGAUGUUGUCUGUGGGGGGAAAAAAGUGUCUUGGCCUUGUAAAUAUAAUUAUUCAUGCUGAAAAUGAGUAUAUAAA